GUGUGCCCAUCUUUGGAUUGCUCUCUGAUUGCCAGACCGCCCCUCUCUGGCUGUGCCUAAAGAUAGAACCAGCCCAUCUCUCCUUCCAGCCUCUCUCUGCUGCAGGCUUUACAGAGCAAUGUAAUUAAUCAGCGCAGGGACAGGAAAGUGUGCACAGGCCCUUUGCACCACAGGGCAGGAGUUACAAUUGUUCGAGCCUUGGAAAUGGCUUUGCUGUGUUACAACAAGGGCUGUGGGCAAAGAUUUGAUGCCGAUAAGAACUCUGAGGAUUCCUGUGUGUACCACCCAGGUGUUCCCAUAUUCCAUGAUGUCCUAAAGGGCUGGUCUUGUUGCAAGAAACGAACCACAGACUUCUCAGAAUUCCUCUCUAUAAAGGGCUGCAUGAAGGGGUGUCACAGCAAUGAGAAGCCCCCCAAGCCUUUCCGGCCAGAGGAUACCUCAGACAAGCUGAAGGCCAAGCCAAGCACAGAACUCAUCGUCCAAAGCCCCAAAUCGGCUGAGAAGAUGCAGCGUGAAAGGCCAAGCUCUGAUGAGCCAAGACAGCCACUGCUGAUUAAAGUGUCCAGGUCUCUGGAGCAGACCCUGGAGAAGCUGAAGCUGGCCUCCAAAAACCAAUGCCCAGAGGGAGGUUCCUUGUGCAGGGCAGAGGCCAUUCCGGAGGUCAGAACUGGCACCACCUGUAAGAACUCAGGCUGUAAGGUGAUCUACAAGGGGGCAGAGAAUGAGACGGAGGCUUGUAUUUUCCACCCCGGAGUUCCUGUCUUCCACGAGGGUAUGAAGUACUGGAGUUGCUGUGGCAUUAAAACUACAGACUUCAGUGCGUUUCUGGAGCAAGAGGGCUGCAGCACUGGGAAACACAGCUGGAUAAAGAAGGAGGAUAAGAAGUUGGUGUCUUGUCGACAAGACUGGCAUCAAACCAGCAGCCAAGUGGUGGUGACGAUUUAUUCCAAGAAUCCUCUGCCAGCACUCAGCUCUGUGACGGCCAGUCGCACUGUGAUUGAUGUCCAUAUCAUGUUCGAAGGUGACAAGGUUUUCCAGGCAAAGCUGGAUCUCUGGGGGGUCAUUGAUGUACAGAAGAGCUUUGUAAACAUGGUGCCCACAAAGGUGGAAAUCACCCUGCGAAAGGCCAGCCCCAUGACCUGGGCCAAACUGGAGCAUCUCCAGAGCAGCUCUCAGACCAGACCAGACCAGACCGAGAAAGACCCUAUGGAUGCCGAGGACCCCGAAGGAGUGCAAUGGGAGGAGUCAGAUGACAGCUUGAGCUGGUCAGAGGAGGGAGAUGAGGAGGGGGAGGAAGGAGCAGUAAGCAAAUGACAUUCAUGUAGAGUCUUCAAAAGAGAGAUUGAAGCCUCUUUCUUUCAAAGACAAGCAUGUGGGACCCCAGAACCAUCUCCAGGUGAGCAGAUUGAAUUCCCUGGAGACUGAGGGCCAGCUCUGAAUUUAAAGCUGCUAGAGACACUGCCUCCCAAGUGUAAAGAGUUCAGCUCACCUAUGUCUCUCUGGCAUUGUCUACACUGGGAUAUUUCUUGUACACUUGGGAGGAAGUUAAAUAGCAGCUACUAAAGUUUGACAUUUUUAAAUCAGCAUCCAGGCGUUUUAAAAGAGCUGGCUGAGGAGCUCAAUGGACUGUUAAUGUUAAUUUUCAUUAAGUCCUGAAAAAUCACAGAAGUUCCAAAACACUGGAAGAAAGCUAAUGUUGUGACAGUAUCCAAAAGGGUAAACCAUAUAACCUGGGUAAUUAUGCACCUGCCAGUAUGACAUUGAUCCCAGGAAAGAUAAAGGAGCGGCUGAUAUGGGACUUAAUUAUAUUACUCUCCUUUAAUUUUUUAUUAAUAAAUGCCAAUCAACAUG